GCUCGAGUGACUCGUCGUUCGCGACUCGUAGCCAUGCCCUUGGUGAAAAAAAGCCCAACAUCUAAGAGGGUGUUGGAACUCUUCUCAGUCAAAAGUGCCGCGGAGCCGUGAAGCCCAGCCGACCCAUCGCCAUGAGCGUUCCAGCCAUCACUGCGGGGACGACGCGGCGCAUCGAGGUGGAUGGGGACGUUUUGGAGAUUACCCCGUUGGGCGCUGGUGCAGAGGUGGGCCGCUCCUGCUGCAUUGUGCGCUUUCGCGGCAAGGUGGUGAUGUUUGACUGCGGGGUUCACCCUGCGCACAGCGGCAUGAGCUGCUUGCCCUACUUUGAUCACAUCAACCCGCAGGAGGUGGACCUCUUGCUGGUGACGCAUUUCCACUUGGACCAUAGCGGAGCAGUGCCGUACUUCGUGAGUCGGACGGAAUUCAAGGGAAAGGUCUUCAUGACCCAUCCCACCCGGCCGAUUUGCAAGAUGCUUUGGCAAGACUAUGCACGGGUCAGCAAGAUUGCUGCAGAGGACCAGAUCUUCAGCAGUGAAGACAUUGGCAAGACCGUGGAGCAGAUCGAAUUGCUGGAUUAUCACGAGGAGCGGCAGUUCCGUGGCAUCAAGUUCUCCUGCUUCCGCGCCGGCCAUGUCCUUGGCGCUGCCAUGUUCAUGAUCAACAUUGGAGGCAUCCGUGUUUUGUACACCGGGGACUAUAGCAGAGAAGAGGAUCGACAUUUGCCGCAGGCAGAGAUCCCCAAUGUCCGCAUCCACGUGCUCAUUGUCGAGUCCACCUAUGGCGUGAUGAACCAUGAGCCCAGGGAGCAGCGCGAGCAGCGCUUUACGAACUCGGUGCACCAGAUCGUGCGGCAAGGGGGGAAGUGCUUGCUGCCGGUCUUUGCACUGGGACGGGCACAGGAGAUCCUCCUCAUCUUGGAGGAUUAUUGGGAACGGAACUCCGACUUGCAUGAGAUCCCCAUUUUUUACAACUCUCCCAUGGCCACCAAAUGUUUGCGCAUUUUCGAGACGUACACCAACAUGUGCAGCCUCUCAGUUCAAGAGCAGGCGAAUCGAUGUAACAACCCCUGGAUCCUGAAGUACAUCCAGAACAUGCCAGACAGGCAUACCUUCGCUCAGUUGGAGAACGAAAUUGGCGCCUGCGUGGUGCUGGCUGCCCCCGGAAUGCUCCAGAGCGGCGCCAGUCGAGAGCUCUUUGAAUCCUGGGCACCUGAGAAGAAGAACGGCGUCAUUCUGACGGGUUACUCGGUGGGUGGCACCCUGGCGCACGAGCUCAAGGGCGAUCCCGAAAGCGUGACCCUGAAUGAUGGACGCAAGGUGAACGUCAAGGCCACCGUGAAGUUCAUGUCCUUCUCCGCCCAUUCGGACUACAACCAGACCUCAGAGUUCAUCCGACGACUCAAGGCCAAUGUCGUGGUCUUGGUGCACGGGGAGGAGCACGAGAUGAACCGCAUGCGGAAUAAGCUGCGAGAGGAGUAUCCCGAGCUGAACGUCACCGCUCCGCAGAACUGUCAAACGGUGGCUCUGCGUGUGCCGCCCGACCGCUCGGUGGAUGCGGUGGGAAACCUCGUGGAGGAGAUUGCAUCGGUGAAGAAAGGCCGCACAGAGGUCUCUGGCAUGUUGGUGGAAGAUUCCACAGGUGCCCGAGCACUGAUGAAGCCCGAGGACCUGGGCGCCUUCACCGGCUUGAGCGUGUGCAAUGUGGAACAGUGUCAACGUUUCGUUUUCCCUCAGAGCUUGACGACCCUAGGCCGGGCCUUGCUGGAGAUCUACGACGAGGUGGAAGUCUCAGAGGGUCGUUUGAAGGUCUGCGAGGCCGUGGAGGUGUCGCUGGAGAACCAGAUUCUGUGCAUCACGUGGGAUUCUUCUCCGGUCAAUGACAUGGUGGCGGAUUCGGUCGCGUUCACGGCCAUCGAGAUCACGCGAAGCCCCACGAUGCUCACAGCUUUGCAGGGAGAUGUGAAGAAAGAAGAGGAUCGGAUCUUCCAGGUCCUGUGCACCUACAUGCAGCAGGAAUUUGGUCGUCUGAAGAUAGAUGACUCCACGCAGCUCGUCUCCUUCGAGGUGGAUGGCCAGGCGGUGUUGGUGAAUUUCCCACUGAGACAGGUUCAAGCUCCCAACGAGGCACUUCGAGAGCGAGUGACAAAGGCCCUGAGGCGCUGUGAACGAGCCCUGAGACCUAUCCAGGCUGUGUGAAAAGAGCUGAGCGCGUACUUCGGC